CCGCAGUCAGGGCCAGUUGUGCGACCAUGCUGUGACCGCUCCAUGGGAAUAGUCGCGUGGAGGAAAGUGGGAGCCAGAACCACACCAAGAUGUUCGAGUGCUUCCUGGAGAUAGCCUUCGAGGCAGAGGUGAACACGGAAGAACAUCCUGAACUGGAACAGCUCGCGCGCCAGCUGGUUCACGAGGAUCGGGAGACCAGGCCCGCUGCCAUCCAGGAGUUGAGGGACAUGAUAUAUGAGCGCGGCGAGUGCUCCCCGCGGCGCACGGACGAUGCGUUCCUGCUGCGCUUCCUGCGCGCGCGCCGGUUCGUCGUGCCGCGCGCGCACAAACAGCUGGUGCGUUAUUGUCGGUUUCUGGAACAGUACCCCGAGUUAUAUCGAGGCGUGGACCUGUGGGGACUCGCGCGCGUCGGCGCUGCUUAUGAGGGCUGCAUGCUGGACCCGCCGGGGGUCGGCCGCGUCACUAUCCUGCGGUUCGGAACCUGGGACCCGGACGACUAUCCGGUGGAAGAGUUGGUGCGGGUCGGCAUGGCCAUGAUGGAAAUCGGUCUGCGCUCGCCCAAGAUGCAGCUUACCAUCAGGCGACCUGUUUGCUCGUUGGCCUUCUAUCGCAAAAGCGCCAUCAUAGCGUUUCUCAUUUAUCCUCAUUUUCUUUUCCAGCUGGCGAUCCCCUGCGUGAUGAACUCCUGCCACAUCAUCAACUACAACUGGCUGCUCAACACCUUCUUCUUCCUCUUCAAGCGGUUCAUCCCUCAGAAGGCCUGGAAGAUGAUCCACUUCCACGGCCACGACCUAGCUUCACUCCAGCGGUUCGUAGACCCCGCCAGCCUGCCGCCGCGUUACGGCGGGACCUGUCGACAUCACGCCACCAUAGGCACCUGGCUUAACAAGAUCAGGAAAUACAGGGAUGAGGCGUUUGACCGUGAGAUGAAAGAGUUCGGAUGGGUGAUCAAGGAAUGACGCAGGUCGACACCGUUAACCUUUCUGAACGCCUUCCUUUUCAAGCGCUUUAUACCUCAGAACGCCUCGAAGAUGAUCCACUUCCACGGGAACAACCUAGCUUCGCUCUAGCUUCGCCACGCUAUGGCGGGACCUGUCGACAUCACGCCACCAUCGGCACCUGGCUUAACAAGAUCAGGAAGUACCGGGAUGAGGUGUUCGACCGUGAGAUGAAGGAAUUCGGAUGGGUGAUCAUGGAAUGACGAAGAUCAACAC